AUGUCCUCACCAACCCCUCAAGACCAUGAACCCCUAAUCCACCCCCUAUUCGACCCUACAACCUCAACAUUCACGUAUCUCGUCGCCUGCCCCUCCACCCUCCACGCCGUGGUAAUCGACUCCGUCCUCGACUUCGACCCCGCCACCGCCCGUAUCUCCACCACCACCGCCGACUCCCUACUCCUCUCUCUCAUCCGUUCCCACAACUACAAGAUUGUGAAAAUCCUCGAAACUCACGUGCACGCCGACCACCUCACUGCUUCUCGCUAUCUGCAAACCCAACUGGCUAGUGAUGAUGACGAUGAAGAGGAGGAUGAGAAAAAUGGGGGUACCAAAAAGCCCGAGAUUUGCAUAGGCAAAAGGAUCGUGCAAGUCCAAAAAAGGGUUGCGGAAAGUUACGGGCUUCCCAGGGAGGAAUGGGAGGGGGUAUUUGAUCGGGUGUUUGAGGAUGACGAGGAGUUUCGUGUGGGUGACUUGAAGGUCAAGGUGAAGCAUUUGCCGGGGCAUACGCCGGAUCAUGUUGGGUAUAUGGUUGGAUCGAAUAUCUUUUGCGGCGAUUCCCUCUUUGAUCCCGAAAUUGGGUCCGCGCGGUGCGACUUUCCUGGGGGCGAUGCACACGCACUAUACAAUUCAGUCCAAACACUCUUCUCCCUACCCGCCCAUUACAGAAUCUACACAGGCCAUGAUUACCCCUCCGCCGACUCCCGCUCUCCUCAGCCCUACACCACCGUCGCCGACCAAAAGCGGUUGAACAAGCACCUGAAAGAGGGAACAACAAAAGACCAGUUCGUCACCUGGAGACAGGAGCGCGACUCGGGACUGGCGGAGCCGAAACUCUUGCACCAGGCGCUACAGGUUAACGUACGGGCGGGGAGGAUGCCAAAGAAUGGGAUGCUGAAGGUGCCUUUGAAGAUGCCGGGAGGGUGGAAGUUGUGA